AAGGACAUGAAUCUGUCAGUAAAUGGGGAAUCUCAAGUGCCUCCCGGAUUCCGUUUUCAUCCAACGGAGGAAGAACUUGUUCAUUAUUACUUGAGGAAAAAGGUUGCCUAUGAGAAAAUUGAUCUUGAUGUUAUUCGCGAUGUUGAUCUGAACAAGCUUGAACCAUGGGACAUUCAAGAAAAGUGCAGAAUAGGAUCAACACCACAAAAUGAUUGGUACUUGUUCAGUCACAAAGACAAGAAGUAUCCGACAGGAACUCGAACAAAUCGUGCUACUGCAGCCGGAUUCUGGAAGGCUACUGGUCGCGAUAAAGUCAUUCACAGCAACUGUAAGAGAAUAGGGAUGAGAAAAACCUUAGUCUUUUAUAAAGGACGUGCCCCUCAUGGUCAGAAAUCAGAUUGGAUAAUGCAUGAGUAUCGCCUUGAUGACAACAUCAUCAUUCCCCAACAAACUACUCUCAACGAAGAAGGAUGGGUGGUGUGCCGUGUUUUCAAGAAGAAGAAUUAUCAUAAGGCUCUUGAGAGUCCAUCACCACUCAUGUCCACAAUUCAGAAACCAAAUUACAACGACGGCGUUCUUGAUCAAAUACUCAUGUACAUGUCGUCAUGCAAACAACAAGACAGCUUGGAAAACAACAACAACUUAGAUGAUAAGCAAAUAAAUAACACCAACUCAUCCUUCAUGAUAAAUAAUAAUACUCCUACAUUCAUCCACCUCCACAAUCAUCAUUCUCCAACCAACAACAUUAAUAUUAUGGAGGACGUCCAACAACAUUGUGAGACACCCAAAACUAGCCGGCCUGUUGAUUGGUCACAAACUUCAACGGCAUCUGGUCCAAGUGAUUGGGUAUCUCUCGAUCGUCUGGUGGCUUCUCAACUUAACGGCAAUGACAAUAUUUCAUCAAACAACAACAUAUGUUUUCCUCUUCAUCAUCACAGUCACGCCAGACCAAAUGAUGACGACGAUGCCUUCUCCCAGUCUCAUCAACCACAUGAUGACCACCAAGUUGACGUGGAAUUUUGGAGCUACGCACCAUCACCCUCCGAUCCAUUAUGCCACUUAUCAGUUUAA